AUGGCUAAAAAUGCUCAACCCGAUCAUUCUCGCCCUAAUUCAGCCUCUGCUGUUGAACUCGAUGAAUCCCUCCCUCUCCAACCUGAUACGGACAAAACACCUGAUGAAGAGUGCCUGAGUGAGGGCCCUGAAGAACUCUUGGCCAAGCUCAAUAUCAUUGUGAAUACCUUCCAGGACAUUAAGGACGGCAUGAUGAACAAUGUCGAGGAGACAAUCACGACCCUUGCAGUUGAGUUUUGUCGACUCCGUCGCAAACUUAAGACCCUCGAGGCCGAAGAUGCGCAACGUCGAGCAUACGAAAUGUGGGUACACCAACGGGAAGAGGCACUGAUCUACGAAAUUGAAGAGAUGAUGAGAGUCUGGGCCAAGGUUGUGCAAUGGCUAGACGAGACCUUUUCUGGUCCCGAUUCUAGUGAGAACGUCCCUUUGAUCUCUUAA